UUGGACGAGUGUGUCUCGAAAGGACGCCCUUCGUCUCGCCAAUAAACAACCGCGUCUUUUCCCCGCGUAUAAUCUUCUCCGCGAUCGCCUUCCAGUAGAGUUCGCCAGAAAAAAUUCGAAAGGCAGUCGAUUUCGCGGCGAUGCCGAGGCUUUCGCGAGCCGGCUUCCGAGCACGUUGCGUAGAGUACGGUUAACGUUCGCAAGCGCGGUAUCGUGCUGGGUCAAUAGGACUGUGAAGUUCGUUCCGACUACGUUUUAACAAAUAACAGAUGGAUUCGUUUCACGGUAAUCCCUACUCGAAUCCGGAGUGCAGCAAAACUUUUGACGACGCGGUGGAGGAACGUGUUAUUAAUGAAGAAUACAAAAUAUGGAAGAAGAACACACCGUUCUUGUAUGAUCUGGUCAUGACACAUGCAUUGGAAUGGCCCUCUCUGACUGCCCAAUGGCUACCUGAUGUUACGAGACCUGAGGGAAAGGAUUACUCUGUUCAUCGACUAAUCCUAGGAACUCAUACCUCGGACGAACAGAAUCAUCUGCUCAUCGCCAGCGUUCAAUUACCUAACGAAGACGCUCAGUUCGACGCGUCCCAUUACGAUAAUGAGAAGGGCGAGUUCGGUGGAUUCGGCUCCGUCAGCGGGAAGAUAGAGAUAGAAAUAAAGAUAAAUCACGAAGGCGAGGUCAAUAGAGCGCGUUACAUGCCACAGAAUCCGUGUGUCAUCGCCACCAAGACACCCUCUAGUGAUGUCCUUGUGUUCGAUUAUACUAAACAUCCCAGCAAACCAGAUCCAAACGGAGAAUGUCAUCCAGACUUGAGGUUGCGAGGUCAUCAAAAGGAAGGCUACGGUCUCUCGUGGAACCCCAAUUUAAAUGGCUACUUACUGAGUGCAUCCGACGACCACACUAUCUGUUUAUGGGAUAUUAAUGCGACUCCAAAGGAAAAUCGAGUAAUAGAUGCUAAAACUAUAUUUACUGGACAUACAGCUGUGGUAGAGGAUGUUGCUUGGCAUUUAUUACAUGAAUCAUUAUUUGGAUCAGUUGCUGAUGAUCAGAAGCUUAUGAUUUGGGAUACUAGGUGCAACAAUACUAGUAAACCAAGUCACACUGUGGACGCCCAUACCGCAGAAGUUAACUGUCUCAGCUUUAAUCCAUAUUCUGAAUUUAUAUUGGCUACUGGCAGCGCAGACAAGACUGUAGCCCUCUGGGAUUUGCGAAAUUUGAAACUCAAACUGCACUCGUUUGAGUCACAUAAGGAUGAAAUUUUCCAAGUUCAAUGGUCACCGCACAAUGAGACGAUAUUAGCGAGCAGCGGCACGGACAGACGAUUGCAUGUAUGGGAUCUUAGUAAAAUCGGCGAGGAACAAUCUACUGAGGACGCUGAGGAUGGUCCACCGGAACUUUUGUUUAUACACGGCGGUCACACGGCUAAAAUAAGCGAUUUCUCGUGGAAUCCGAAUGAGCCAUGGGUUAUAUGUUCAGUGUCUGAAGACAACAUAAUGCAAGUUUGGCAAAUGGCAGAGAAUAUCUACAACGAUGAGGAACCUGAAACACCGGGAAGUGAGCUCGAAACUGGCGGUUCAUAACGUCUUAAUUAAUUUAUCACAUCACUUGCGAUUGAAAUCAACAUUCAGAUGUUCCCGUCAAGAUUGAAUUAAGUUACAUGUCGACAUCUCAACGUAUACUUUUCGGUGACAGAUGUUUCGAAUUCCACUUUCAAGGAAUCCUUGUCAUCACUCGCUUAUGUGUGUGACAAAACCGGCGACGUCAUCUCUCUGUAAUGGCGAAAGCUCAAGUAAUGUUAGGGGAUGUCAAGUACUUUUCUACUUCCUUUUAAGAAUGAUUAAUAAAGAAGUGACAUUCAAUGUGA